AUAUUAUCCGAUAUUAGAAACGGUUUUAUGAUCUGAUCUCAAAUUUCAUAUGGAUGAUUACAAAAUCCCCCCAAAUCUCCCAUUUCGCUCUCCCAUAAGAAAACCCUAGAAUUCCAUACGCGGCAGUAUCCAAAAUCAAAAUGUCAGACGAAAUUCCUUUCCAUGUCCAAGAACAGAUCAUCAAAAGGCUUCCUGUCGUAUCAUUGCUUCAGUUCAGAUCCGUCUCGAAAGCAUGGAAAUCUUUGAUCGACAGCUCUAAGUUUAUCGCUGCUCACAGCGUUACUCAGUCGCAGCAUCUGCUUCUAAGGUACGAAGAUCAGGAAUUUGACACUGUUGGAAACCAUGUUUCUUUCGUAGAUGAUGACACAUUCCCAGAACAGAGGUUUGUUCAUACCCUUCCUCACUCCGUUACACAACUUAAACAGUCAAAUAUAGUCGGUAGCUCUCUCGGGUUGUUGUGCUUUCACGGUUAUAAUGAACUGGGAGAGAAUUUUUGUCCCAACAUGGAAACUGAGACGAUUGUUCUUUGGAAUCCUUCGAUUAGAAAGUCAAUUACUGUUCCUAUGCCUAACAAGUGUAAUCAGGACCCUGAAACUGAUCUUGGUUUUGGGGUUUCCCCUGUGACUAGUGACCCUACAAUCGUUGAGAUCACACAAUUUCACAAAACAAGCUACCAUUGUGAAGCUAAAGUUUACACUGUUAGCUCAGGCAAAUGGAGAAAUCUAUCUAGCAAUGUUCCAAGUAAACCAUUUCGUGUCUUCUGGCCUCAGGUGGUUGUUGAUAGGUUUAUAUAUUGGUGUGCUUUUGACCCGUUGACUAUGGAUAACGGGUUACCAAAUCAUAAUGUGAUAAUGUCAUUUGAUAUAACUAAUGAGAGUUUUGGAGUUGUAGAACUCCCAGAUAGUUUAAGGCGCCUCUCUCCUACUCAGUUGUGUAUUUCUAAGGUAAGGGAUUCUCUUGUCAUGCUUGAAUAUGAUAGCUUUGUGAAACGUGCUUGUGGUGUUUGGAUGAUGGAGAAUGGUGUUGAAAAAUCAUUUACAAAGAGAUUUAAUGUUGAGGCUCCACCAUAUUGGUCAAAGUCAAUAACAACACUUGGAUUUAGGAAGAGUGGUCAACCUAUAAUGGAAGUGGAAAUUGCUCAUGAUUUUUAUGAACAGAGUCAACUUGUGGUGUAUGAGCCCAACUUUGAACGCUUCAAUUAUCAUGAAAUCUAUGGAAAACCUGAAACAUUCUCUGUCCAUUCGUACAUAGAAACACUAGUUUUGAUGGGUAGUAUCGAGGUUGAAGAUGAUGGCCACAUUGCAACGUGUAGCAUAUAACAAAUGACUUUUGGAGUGGAUAAUUGAGGAAGAUAUCUUUAGAUUAGAUGAAGUUGAGAAAAAGUUAAGUGCGUUAUAUUUUAGAAGUUAACACAUUUUUGUGAACGUUAUGCAGAAAUAUUUUGUUGGUAGUCGAUUAAUAUGUUUAGUAAGCUUAACAGUUUGGCUUAAUGGGUAAAGGUUUGUGACUUGAA